CUAGUAAUUUACUAAAUUUCUUGGCCGCCAGCUGCCAGCAGUCGUGAUCAAUUUCUAUAACAUUUUUAAUUUAAUUUUCCUACAAAUCUAACGUUUUUAAGGUGCUUAAUUUGCGUGUGAUACUUUAAGUUUAACUGUAACUAUUGUGUUAUCGCGACAAUACCUUCCGUAAACGCCGUACGCCAUUAUUCUUCAACGAUAUUCAUCAUAAUUAAUGUGCAUAUAAAACAAUUUUCACUGUGUGCUGUUGUAUUGUUAUUUCGUCAUAUCUAUUUUCGUCAAGAGUCAACGUGCAAGCACCACUCGAUUCACAGAUAACACGAUUAAUCAUUGGAGUUACUGGUAGUAAUAAACAAAAACAAAAAUAACAAAACCUCUACGAUAAUGGCACAAUCUAUAGCUGGCACAGCCUCUGCUGCUAAUACUAGCGCUGGUGCUGGUUUAAGCUUAGCAGGUAGCUUGGGUAUCGGUGUGGAUUUAGAUUUAGUGGAUAUGAAGCACUGCUUCGAAAAUCUUAUAGUGAUUGAUGCAGGCGCGAAUUUAACAAACAAAAAAUAUAGCCGUGAUCUGGAAUCAGUUAUACAGCGAGCAAAAGAUGCAGGUGUUCAAAAAAUUAUGGUUCCAGGUACAUCGGUAAAAUCUAGCAAAGAAGCGCUGCGUCUAUCACGAAUUUAUCCCGAUAUAAUCUAUUCGACUGCUGGCAUACAUCCACACGACUCCAAGUCAAUUAUCGAAGAACCAAAUACCUGGUUCGAGUUCGAACAUAUUGCGGCUUCGCAGGAAUGCGUUGCCAUUGGACCUUGUGGCUUAGACUAUCAGCGCGAUUUCUCUGAGCCCGAGGCACAAAAAGAGAUAUUUGAAAAGCAGAUUCAUUUGGCUUGCCAAUUGAACAAAUCAUUACUGAUACAUGAGCGCUCCGCGCAACAAGAUGUACUCGAUAUACUAGAUAAAUUUGAGAAUUUACCGCCUGUGAUCAUAAGAGGAUUCAUGGGCACAGCGGACGAAGCUGUCGAAUAUCUGAAUAGGAGAUUCUAUAUUAGUUUAACUGGUUAUUUAUGCAAGGACAAAUCAGAUAGUGGAGUGCGCAAACUCUUAGAAAAUGGAACUUUGCCUAUAGAUAGACUGCUUGUCGAAACGGACUCGCCGUUCAUGUAUCCAAAUACAAGAGCUUCCAAGCUGCCGCAACAUGUUAAGACUGGUAUAACAGAACGCUCGCUAUUAUAUUUACAUAGGUACUGUACUUUUCAACGCAAUGAACCUUGUAGUUUGCCCGCCAUAGUUGAGAUGAUAGCUGCAUUCAUGAAGAAAACGCCAGACGAAGUAGCUUUAGCAACUGCAUUUAAUGCAUUAAAGCUUUUUGGACUAUCCUAAAUGCCAAUGGCUGUGAUUUUACUUAUGUAGACUGUCAUAAAAUUGCUUAGUGCGCAAAAAAGCAAUUGAAGCAUGCGCCGUUUUUCAACAAUUUCAAAACGAGUGAAUGCAUUAAAAGGAAUUCAAAACGAAAGUGCCAAAAUUUUAUAAGUGGUAAUAUAGUUGUUUGCUUAAAUUCCUACAUAAACUAAGAACUACAAGACUUCGAAAGUGCCUUAAAUGAAGUGCGAAGAAAGCCAAUUGGCUGAUAAAAAAAAAAUAAAGAAACGACAAAAUAUGCUAAAAAUAUAUAUAUUUUUAACGAAAUCGAUACCUAUUUAUUAUACACAUACAUAUACAUACUAACUACGACGUGUUUUUAAAGCGCAUGCAAACCCACAAUAUACUCAUAAAACCAACUGAAUGAUUCGAAUAAGAUUAUUUGAAUCACUUUAGAGUUAGUUAUCAUUACAGAAAACAUGAAAUUCUAAAUAUUUAUUUAAAUGUAAUGCGAAUAAUACCACCUAAAGGAAUUGACUGAAAUUUGAAUGCAGAUUUUCGUUUUGGUUUUGGAUAAACGCAGGGAUAAUGGGUGAUAAUCCAAAUAAUUUAGCUGCAUACAUUUGUACUUCACCGUCCCGUGAUAUGUAUUCUUAAAAAAUGCUUAAAUCUAUGUAUAUAAAACAUAUAUUUAUUAAAAAAGUUAUACAAAACUUUUAAGACCCGUUUAAAUUUAUCCAUAUAUAAAAAAUAUUGAAUACUACAAUAUGACAAAUUCGCGUUCGCAUCACACACAUAAAAUUUAUUAAAAGCUGUUGCAGCAACAGAAGUCACUCGAAAAGAAAGUGAUUUGAGCCCUUCUUAUAUGUGUAAACAGAAAACACAAAAACCAAGUCAAGCUGCAGCUUAUUGACUCCAUUUUCAUACAAACAUACAUUUGUUUUACUAUUAUAUAAGAUUUUUUACGCCAAAACUUGUAAAUAUUUAUUAUUCAUUUUGUUUGAUAUUUGUUGUUGUGCUACGGAAUGUUUAUUGUGCUACGCCAACUCAAUAACAUACAUAAACAUGUAUGUACGUGGGUACAUACAUACAUACAUAUAUAGAAAUAGUUGUAAGUCAAAAGAAAUGCGCAUGGUAACAGUGGAUAGAUGAAAGUAACACGGUAAAUGUGAUCGUUUUACUAAACAAUUGUACUUUAUUGUUAUUUACAUAAAUAUACAUAAACAAAAAAUUGGUUACAUACAAACAUAAAAUAUAAAAUAAAAACUGAAAUGUGA